CUCUCUUCUCCUAUUUUCUCGCUGAUCUCAGAGGUCAAGAGUCUUCGCAACUCUCUAGUAUAAGUACAUCCAAUGCGCUGCUUCACAUUGUAAUUUAUAGUCUCUCUGUGCAAGCAAGCUUUCUUCAGUUAACAUUCUUGCUUUUUGAUUAUAGUAAUUCUGUUUUUCGUGUGGAGAAAUGGCGGACGCUGCUGAGACCUUCGCCUUUCAGGCAGAGAUCAAUCAGCUGUUGAGUUUGAUCAUCAACACGUUCUACAGCAACAAGGAGAUCUUUCUUCGUGAACUCAUCAGUAAUUCUUCUGAUGCCUUGGACAAGAUCAGAUUUGAGAGCUUGACCGAUAAGACCAAGCUCGAUGCUCAGCCUGAGUUGUUCAUUAGAAUUGUGCCUGACAAGGCGAACAAGACUCUUUCGAUCAUUGAUAGCGGCAUCGGGAUGACCAAAGCAGAUUUGGUGAAUAAUCUGGGUACAAUUGCAAGAUCUGGAACCAAGGAGUUUAUGGAAGCUUUGCAGGCUGGAGCUGAUGUGUCCAUGAUUGGUCAAUUUGGUGUUGGUUUCUACUCUGCUUAUCUUGUUGCAGAGAAGGUGGUUGUCACCACAAAGCACAAUGAUGAUGAGCAGUAUAUCUGGGAAUCCCAAGCUGGCGGCUCUUUCACUGUUAGAAGGGAUGUCAAUGGAGAGCCACUUGGGAGGGGUACCAAGAUGACUCUCUUCCUCAAGGAGGAUCAGCUUGAAUACUUGGAAGAGCGGAGAAUUAAGGACCUUGUAAAGAAGCACUCUGAAUUCAUCAGCUAUCCCAUUUACCUCUGGACCGAGAAAACAACGGAGAAGGAAAUCAGUGAUGAUGAAGAUGAUGAACCCAAGAAGGAGGAGGAAGGUGCAGUUGAAGAAGUUGACGAAGAGAAAGAGACCAAAUCGAAGAAGAAGAUUAAGGAGGUUUCUCAUGAGUGGCAGCUGAUUAACAAGCAGAAACCCAUUUGGUUGCGCAAGCCAGAGGAAAUCACCAAGGAGGAAUAUGCUGCAUUUUACAAGAGCUUGACCAAUGACUGGGAAGAGCACCUCGCUGUAAAGCAUUUCUCCAUUGAGGGUCAGCUUGAAUUUAAGGCCAUCCUCUUUGUCCCUAAAAGAGCACCAUUUGAUCUCUUUGACACCCGCAAGAAGAUGAACAAUAUCAAGCUCUAUGUCAGAAGGGUGUUCAUUAUGGACAACUGUGAGGAGCUCAUCCCUGAGUACCUUGGAUUUGUCAAGGGUGUUGUUGAUUCUGAUGACUUGCCACUCAACAUCUCUCGUGAAAUGUUGCAACAGAACAAAAUCUUGAAGGUAAUCAGGAAAAACCUUGUGAAGAAAUGCAUUGAAAUGUUCAGCGAGAUUGCAGAGAAUAAGGAAGAUUAUAAUAAGUUCUACGAGGCUUUCUCAAAGAAUUUGAAGCUGGGUAUCCAUGAAGACAGCCAAAACAGAACCAAAUUGGCUGACCUUCUUAGGUACCACUCAACCAAGAGUGGCGAUGAGUUGACAAGCUUAAAGGACUAUGUCACCAGGAUGAAGGAAGGUCAGAAGGACAUCUACUACAUUACUGGUGAAAGCAAGAAGGCUGUGGAGAACUCUCCAUUCUUGGAACGACUCAAGAAGAAAGGCUAUGAAGUCCUCUUCAUGGUUGAUGCUAUCGAUGAAUAUGCUGUUGGUCAGCUAAAGGAAUACGAUGGAAAGAAACUGGUUUCUGCCACAAAGGAAGGACUGAAACUCGAGGACGAGACUGAGGAAGAGAAGAACAAGAAAGAGGAGAAGAAGAAAUCGUUUGAAAACCUCUGCAAGACUAUCAAAGACAUACUAGGUGAUAAAGUUGAGAAGGUGGUUGUUUCCGACAGAAUAGUCGAUUCACCUUGCUGUUUGGUGACUGGGGAGUAUGGCUGGAGUGCUAACAUGGAGAGGAUCAUGAAGGCUCAAGCCUUGAGGGACAACAGCAUGGGGUCGUACAUGUCAAGCAAGAAGACAAUGGAGAUAAACCCAGACAAUGGAAUAAUGGAGGAGCUGAGAAAGAGAGCUGAGGCUGACAAGAACGACAAGUCAGUGAAGGAUCUAGUGAUGCUGCUAUUUGAGACUGCUCUGUUAACCUCUGGAUUCAGCCUUGAUGAACCAAACACAUUCGCAUCGAGGAUUCAUAGGAUGUUGAAAUUGGGUCUUAGCAUUGAUGAGGAAGAGGCUGCGGAGGAUGACACUGAUAUGCCUGCAUUGGAGGAAGACGGUGCUGAGGAGAGCAAGAUGGAGGAGGUUGACUAAGUUCUGUUCUGUUGUAGGAUGGGCAAUGUGGUCAGUUGUAUUGUGUUCUUGGGCUUUUGGGUCCUGUUGAGUCGUUACAGAUGUGCGUAGAUAGGGGCAGAAAUGGUACCUUGGUGUCUUUUGUCCCUUUUUGUACGUUGCCGGCAUAGUCAAAUUUAAGCUGAUUUAUCUGAA